CUACACCUUGCCAAGACGUGGCUAAAGGACUGCAUUACAACUCAUUCCAUCUGCCAAAAUCACGGACAUGCAAGCACCUUUAGGCCGCUUCGUCUCAUAGACGUACAACAGGACGACCCUAAUACCAUUCGCUUGGACACUACAACAUCGGAUGAGCACCUACAGUACGUAGCCCUGAGUUACUGCUGGGGUGGCGACCAGCUGGGCAAGACACUCCGCGCAAAUCUAGAUACUCGGACCGAGGGUUUCAGUUUGAGUGAUAGCCCAGCGACCAUCCGAGAUGCUGUCUCUGUUACUCGUCAAUUAGGGGUCCGCUUUAUAUGGAUUGACAGUCUGUGUAUUGUCCAGGACGACGACGACGACAAGAAUAUCGAAAUCACGCGAAUGCAUGACAUCUACCAGCAUGCCGCGGUAACCCUUUCCGCUGCCAGGGCUACAUCCAGUCAGCAAGGGUUUCUGAAUGUCUGUUCACCGCCUCUACUCAUGGAGCCAAUCCACUCCCGGGCGUGGACCAUGCAAGAACAUGUGCUCUCGAGACGGCUCCUGAUAUUUGGGACAUUUGGGGUAAGAUGGACAUGUUCAGCUGGGCGUCAGCUUGACAAUACUCAGGAGAAUGGCAAUCAGAUAAACAAUCUCAUUGCGGAGUUCCUGCUUGGCCCGAAUUCGAAGACCCAGUACGGCGAAAGCACUAUCACACCUGACACAUGGAGGGAUACGGUGUCUAAUUAUUCGGUACGAGCUCUGACAAAUCCAGAGGAUCAACUGCUAGCUAUCUCAGCCAUUGCUACACUUCACGCCGCUGCGAGGCCGAGGGAUCGGUACUUGGCAGGCCUAUGGGCGGAUUCGGUGGCUAAGGGCCUUCUUUGGAACGUACGGUCAGUCGAAAAAUCAUCACGCAGCCAGGACCCGCAAUUUCCCAGCUGGUCCUGGGCUUCAGUGCGGGCGGCAGUAUUCUUUGCAGCAACCCUUUCAAGUGCGGAAGAACGAGUCACAAUGCGGCUGGUUAGCUACGACAUCAUCCUCAGUAACAAAACAGUUCCAUUGGGUCAUGUCAUUCGUGGCUCGUUGGAUAUUGAAGGAAACCUCUUUGUCAUUCGUGGGGCCCAACCAGAUCUGCGCUUCCGCUCGGACACCAUCCUGCUCGGAGCAUGCGAGGCAUUCGACGAGCACGUGGUCCCGUUUCAUGCUUCGUUGGAUCUCCUCACGCCGCUUGACUCACUCGUGGGCCUUGUAUGCUUGGAACUCAUCUCGACUCUCGAUGAUUUCUCAAAUUCCUAUGGCUUGAUCCUGUGUGCAGAAGCUGGUAGCACAGUCUCCUUCUCGAGAGUCGGUAUAUUCACAAGAUUUCCCGGUCCCUUAUCUGAUAGAAACCCUGCGUGGAAGGAAAGACCUUCGGCUACAAGAAAGUUGGUGAGACUUUUGUAA